CGCCAUCUUGCCGUUCCCUCCCUCAGUGUGGCAGGAUUGAAUGAGCGCGCGGUUUGCUCGUCCCGCGAAGCUAGCGCCAUGUCCGGCACCCCGAGCCGCGCCGCCGCUGGCGGGACCCCGCUCUCCCCCGCCCGCAUCUCCCGGCUGCAAGAGAAGGAGGAGCUGCGGCAGCUCAAUGACCGCCUUGCCGUCUACAUCGACCGCGUGCGGGCGCUGGAGCUGGAGAACGACCGGUUACUGCUGAAGAUUUCCGAGAAGGAGGAGGUCACCACCCGGGAGGUGAGUGGAGUCAAGACCCUCUAUGAAUCUGAACUGGCUGAUGCCCGAAGAGUUCUGGAUGAGACGGCAAGAGAGAGGGCAAAACUGCAGAUUGAAAUAGGAAAGCUAAGAGCAGAACUUGAUGAGAUCAAUAAGAACUACAAAAAGAAGGAUGCAGAUUUGUCCGUGGCUCAAAGUCGCAUUAAGGAUCUUGAAGCCCUGUUCCAUAGAAGUGAAGCAGAACUCAGUACUGCUCUUAAUGAGAAGCGCAGUUUGGAAGCAGAGGUUGCUGACCUGCGGACCCAGCUUGCUAAGGCAGAAGAUGGUCAUGCUGUGGCUAAGAAGCAAUUGGAAAAGGAGACAUUGAUGCGGGUGGACUUGGAGAAUCGCUGCCAGAGCUUACAAGAGGACCUGGAUUUCCGGAAGAACAUAUUUGAGGAGGAAGUGAGAGAGACAAGGAAACGGCAUGAGCACCGUUUAGUUGAGAUAGACAGCAGUCACCGGCAGGAGUAUGAAUCCAAAAUGGCCCAGGCCCUGCAGGAUCUGCGCAAUCAACAUGAUGAACAAGUCAAACUGUACAAAAUGGAGCUGGAACAGACCUAUCAGGCCAAGUUGGAGAAUGCCAAACUGUCCUCUGACCAAAAUGACAAAGCUGCCAGUGCUGCCCGGGAGGAACUGAAGGACGCUCGCAUGAGGAUAGAGUCUCUCAGCUACCAGCUUUCUGGCUUGCAAAAACAGGCUAGUGUUGCAGAAGAUCGUAUUCGGGAACUGGAGGAUAUGAUGGCUGGUGAGCAGGACAGGUUCAGGAAGAUGCUAGAUGCCAAGGAAAGGGAAAUGAUGGAAAUGAGGGACCAGAUGCAGCAGCAGCUUGCAGAAUACCAGGAACUGCUUGAUGUCAAAUUAGCGCUGGACAUGGAGAUCAGUGCCUACCGAAAACUUCUGGAGGGUGAGGAAAAGAGAUUGAAGCUGUCUCCAAGCCCGUCCUCCCGUGUUACAGUCUCCAAGGCUACCUCCAGCAGCAGUAGCACCAGCACUUCGGUUGUUCGCUCUUCUCGAGGCAAGAGAAAACGGGUUGAAGCAGAGGAGCUUUCAGGCAGUGGUACAAGUGGAAUUGGCACAGGGAGUAGUAGUGGUAGCACCAGCGGUAGCAGCAGUAGUUUCCAAGUGUCCCAGCAAGCCUCAGCCACAGGACGCAUCAGCAUAGAAGAGAUAGACCUGGAGGGAAAAUAUGUUCAACUUAAGAACAACUCUGAGAAGGACCAGUCUCUGGGUAACUGGAGACUGAAGAGACAAAUUGGAGAUGCGGAAGAAAUUGCUUAUAAAUUUACUCCAAAGUAUGUCCUCAGGGCUGGGCAAACUGUUACAAUCUGGGCUGCAGAUGCAGGUGUGACUCAUAGCCCCCCUUCUGUCCUUGUGUGGAAGAAUCAGAGCAGCUGGGGCACUGGAGGAGACAUCCGCACAUAUCUGGUGAACUCUGAUGGAGAGGAAGUUGCAGUAAGAAGCAUCACAAAAUCAGUUGUGGUGCGGGAGAAUGAGGAGGAGGAUGAAGCAGAGUUUGGAGAAGAGGAUCUCUUUCACCAGCAGGGGGAUCCCAGGACAACGUCUAGAGGAUGUUCAGUGAUGUGAAAAAACAUUAUUUGCUACUUCUUUCCUUUCUUUUCUUUUCUUUUUGCUAUUUUUUCCUCCAGAGCCACUGAAAACUAUUUUUAUAUGUAUCAUCUGAUUUCUUUAAAAGUUUACUCCUUGUUACAUUUUUAUAGAAAAAAAUUUAAUCAAGCAAAACUGCCAGGAUUUUUAAAUAGAUUUCUUUAUCCUCCCCUCCACCUACUACUGGACUAUUGGAUUAUUUCCCCACCAUUAAAACUUUUGUCUUAUAUAUAAACCUGCAGUAGAAUGAAUUUUAAGCUUAAAUGGGACAGGACUCCUUGAAAGUAGGAUAAGUAUUAGGGCUGUUGAUUAAUCGCAGUUAACUCAUGCGAUCAACUCAAAAAAAUUAAUUGCGAUUAAUCACACUGUUAAACAAAAGAAUACCAAUUAGAAUUUAUGAAAUGUUUUUGGAUGCUUUUCAUACAUUUUCAAAUACAUUGAUUUGUUGAUUACAAAUAUUUGCACUGUAAAAAUGAUGAACAAAAGAAAUAGUAUUUUUCAAUUCACCUCAUACUUACAAAUGCAGAUUUGUUUUGUUACAUAACUGCACUCAAAAACAAAACUAUGUAAAACUUUAGAGCCUGCAAGUCAACUCAGUCCUACUUCUUGUUCAGCCAAUCGAUAUGAGAAACAAGUUUGUUUACAUUUGCAUGAGAUAAUGCUGCCUGGUUCUUCUUUGCAAUGUCACCUGAAAGUGAGAACAGACAUUUGCAUGGCAUUUUGUAGCGGGCGUUGCAAGGUAUUUACGUGCCAGAUAUGCUAAACAUUUGUAUGUCCCUUCAUGCUUUGACCACCAUUCCAGAGGACAUGCUUCCAUGCUGAUGAUGCUCAUUAAAAAAAAAAUGCAUUAAUUAAAUUUGCAACUGAACUCCUUGGGGGAAAAUUGUAUGUCUCCUGUUUUACCCACUUUCUGCCAUAUAUUUCAUGUUAUGGCAGUCUUGAAUGAUGACUCAGCACAUGUUCGUUUUAAGAACACUUUCACAGCAAAUUUGACAAAAUGCAAAGAAGGUACCAAUGCGAGAUUUAUAAAAAUAGCUACAGCACUCGACCCAAGGUUUAAGAAUCUGAAGUGCCAUCCAAAAUCUGAGAGGGACGAGGUGUGGAGCAUGCUUUCAGAAAUUUUAAAAGAGCAACACUCUGAUGUGGAAACCAUAGAACCUGAACCAUCAAAACAGAAAAUUAACCUUCUGCUGGUGGCAUUUGACUCAGAUGAUGAAAAUGAACAUGCAUCGGUCUGCUCUGCUUUGGAUCGUUAUCAAGCAGAACCCGUCAUCAGCAUGGACACUUGUCCUCUGAAAUGGUGGUUGAAGCAUGAAAGGACAUAUGAAUCUUUAGUGCAUCUGACAUGUAAAUAUCUUGCCACACUGGCUUACAACAGUGUCAUGCGAAUACCUGUUCUCACUUUCAGGUGACAUUGUAAACAAGAUGUGGGCAGCAUUUUCUCCUGCAAAUUGUAACCAAACUCGUUUCUCUGAGGGAUUGGCUGAAAUAGGACUGGGUGGACUUGUAGGCUCUAAAGUUUUACAUUGUUUUAAUUUUGAAUUGAGUUAUUUUUUGUACAUAAUUCUACAUUUGUAAGUUCAACUUUCAUGAUAAAGAGAUUGCACUACAGUACUUGUAUUAGGUGAAUUGAAAAAUACUAUUUCUUUUGUUUUUUUUGAUGCAAAUAUUUUUAAUCGAAAAUAAAUAUAAAGUGAACAGUGUACACUUUGUAUUCUGUGUUGUAAUUGAAAUCAAUAUAUUUUAAAAUGUGGACAACAUCAAAAAAUAUUUAAAUAAAUGGUAUUCUAUUACUGUUUAAAAGUGCCAUUAAUCACAACUAAUUUUUUUUAAUCACGUGAUUAAUCACAACUAAUUUUUUUAAUUGCUUGACAGUCUUAGUAAAUAUGUCAUUCUUUAACUUCAAACUGGUUUUUAAAUAACAGAUUUAAGGCAGUGUGAGCCUAUAUAGGGCUUUCGGAGAACCCAACAUGAGUGCUUCCCACAGUACUGGAGCCAUUUAAGAAAAUGGUAAUAUCCUUUUGAUAUACUGAGUCUUGUAUACGCUAGGAAAAUUAUAACCCAGAAUUUACCACAGAUGCUGCUCCACCAGUGGAAGCAAUGAUAGAAGCUGCAGUGUAGACAGAGGUGGCAAGAGUACCGUGGCAUUUAACUCUAUUCCAAGUAGGAUUAGGCAACAUCUGAACCCUGUCCGCAUUAUCACUCCGUCAUUGCUAACAGUGGUGGAGAAUGAUGGGUCCCAGUUACUCUUGGGCAGGUAUAGUCUGAAUGUAAUGAGGGAUCAAAGCUGAAAUUUUUCACAGUUUUAUUUAUUGGGACUUUCAGUCACGUUUGAGACCCUAAUAAAUAGUGGAUGCAAGGGUGAAAUUGUGAUGGACAAUAGAUAUGAUGAUAUGAAUGGUUGUAAAGUAUUUGUCAUUAAACAGAACUUUUGGUUCAAUAAUUCAGAUUUUAGAUUUUAAAAUACUUUAUUUUUGGCUAUGAUGAGGUUUUAAAAAGCAAUUGUAAAUGUUGAUUUUUUUUAUCACUGCUACGUUCCGUUUAUUAAUAGUUCUAUUGUAUGUAAAGGGACAUUGUCAGAUAGUUUAGGCAACAAAGCAUUUGCAAAAUGUCUUUAAAAAGUGAGAACUUUUUGGUUUGGGUGUAAGCAGUUUCUUGCAUUGUUUGCCGCAGCAGGUUGUCCAGCCUGACUGAAAUGUUCUAAGUAAACACAAAUAAUGUAAGUACAAUACAUACUAGAAGUAAAAUAUUACUAAAAAAAAGUUAUUGUAUCUGGUAAUGUCUCCUUAAGUUCAGGUUUCCUCUCUUGUGUUUUUACCAGAGGUAACUUUUGACUACCAGAAGCAUUAGGAUUCUUGUGAUAGUGCAUCUUUAUACACUCUGAAGUAUAAUUGACUGCUCCAAAGAAUAUAUUGACUGCAAAGUAAGCAAACAUUUUUUCCCAGUAGUUGAUAAUUUGGAUACUAUUUGAUGCCAGCAUAGAACUCUUGUACUAUCUGCACUCUAGAACUCUGGUCUUGUUGUUCAAGUAGUGUAGAUUCAUCACACAAGCUAGAAGGUUUGGAUGUUUUCAGUGGCUUUUGGACAUUAUGUUCUCUGAACAGUGUUUAGACUGACAGAUAUAACUUAGAAGGCCAGGUUAGUGACUUUAAUGGCUAGCUUUGCUACAAUGCAAGUGAUUUUUAAAAAGGUUAUGAACUUUCUCCUCUCACUUAAAAAAUAUCAAAGGUGCUAAUUUUCUGCAGGUGUUCACAAAAUGUUCACCUCAGUAAGGUGAUUUAAUUAUCACAAUUAAAUGCUAGUAAAGUAUUUAGAAUUAUGUUUUAGUCCAUUAUCAACAGUUCAUUGUAGAAAAAGCAGUAAAAAGAAAUGGAUUUUUGGAAUAAUGUUUCUCUUUGUCCUUGUAUUUGGUCAUUUUUCUUAUAUUCCCACUCUGCUUGAGUAGGUGGUUUAAUAUGUAGUAAAUCAUACCUAUUGCUGUAAAAUAUAUAUAGCUGAAAUUGUGUUUCUCAGCCAUGCCACUACCAAUUACCUUUUCUAAAUUAUUGUUAUGCAAAUGAAUGCAAUCAGGGUGAAACUGUUUUUGCAAUAUAUCUUCUAAUCACUGGACUCUGUUUCCCUUUCCAACUCUGUUUUCAUGAUUUACCUUAUAUAGAAGAUAGGUUUUUUUUAAAGAUCUCUCUCUAUAUAUUUUUUAAUGUUGGCCAGUAUUCAGAGUGCUCAUUCUGUUUUGUAGUAGACUUAUUGCUUUAAUAUUUUAAACUAUAUAGAAUAAUAUGUAGUUCAUUGACGACUCAGUUGGCUUUAUUUAGUGAAUUUCCUUGUAAAGUCCGGGCUAGAAGGGCAGCUUGUAUCAGAAAAGACCUCAUGUGAUCUGAGCCAUAGUUUAUGCAACACAUACUGAAUAUGAGUCUGUGUCUUGCUCUAGGGUCUGAUGCUGGCAGACCGUUACUACUGGCUGUAGUGCCUUUUACCCUUAACUAGCUCAUCGAAGUCAGUGGGACUGGCCAAGAUGGUGUGAGCACAACAUCCCCUAGUAAGUGUCUACAGAAUUUGGGCCCUAAAUGUGGAGUUGUUUCCUAUGAAACUUUCUAGAAGCUUAUUCAAAUGCCAGUGCUGGUACAGAUUAACUUCCUCUGAGUUCUGCACAUGCAAGGUUGAAGAGCUUGAUGUUUUACGGCCUUUGUUAACUGUAAUAAUCCUGCCUGAAACUGACACACAAGCGUACACCAUUAAGAAAGGCAAAAAAGGCUGCAGCAGUGAUUUCUGGAUGUGAAUUGCUUCUUCCUCUUGCCAUGCCAUAUUCAUGUAACAUAGGUGCUUAGAGACGGUGGUGAGGUGGGACAGUAUAAGAAGCUCAAUAGACUAAGACUAACCUCCUAAAAGCAUCUUUGCUUUGGUGAUUGUUACCACUGCAUUUUUCAGAAGGCUACUUAAAAUGUAAGAAGCAAUUCUUGAUUGUAAAGUGCAAGACACAGUAAAACUACUGUAUUCCGCUUCUUGUUUACAUUAAUGUGUCUCUUCUGAAAACACCAUCUUUCCCAUUUAUGUUGGACUUGCUGAGCAUUCAGCCUGACUCUUUCAUUAGAUUAAAGUAGGCACUCCAAAGUGGAAGCAUCUUCUGCUAUACCAGAUCUAAAGCAGCACUGUUACAUUUUUUUUUGUAUUUUUUUUUUUUUUGGCAAUCCCAAUAGUUAAUUAAAGCUUUGUGUUCAGACCAAGUGUAGCUUCUUUCUACCUAGCCAUCUUUUUCUAUUAGAUCCUGCAGGUGAGCCAUUCAUGUUGUAUGUGGAAGAUCAUCAGAAUUUCCAUGGCAAUAGACUUAAUAUUACAAAUACAGGUUUCCUGAAGAAGGCAGAGUUGGCCUGUGAGGAGAAUUGAUCAGUCUAGUUAGCACAAAAUAAUUAUUUUGCUCUAGCUAUACCAAUAUAACUCAUUGGUGUGGACAUUCUAUUCUGGAAUUCAAGUCAUUUUAUUCUGACCU